UUUCUAUCGAAAAACUUUUGUCUCUCCCACCCGACUCACUCUUCGAUACUACAGCAUAAUGGCAUUCGAAACGCAAUCAACCAUCAACAGCUUCGGCGGCAAGCUGCUCAAGCUUCAACACAAGUCGCAAGUACUUGGCUGUGACAUGAAGCUCAACCUCUAUCUUCCACCUACCGCAAGCUCCUCAAAACCGGCACCCGCACUCUUCUACCUCGCGGGCUUGACAUGUACCGGCGACAAUGGCGCAGAGAAAGGAUUCUUCCAGAACAAGGCUUCACAAAAGGGCAUUGCAGUGGUAUACCCUGACACAAGCCCACGAGGAUUGGGCAUUGCAGGCGAGGAUGAUGCCUACGACUUCGGCUCAGGUGCAGGCUUCUACGUGGACGCCACAAAGGAGCCAUACGCAAAAGGCUACAAGAUGUACAGCUACAUCACUAAGGAGCUGCCAGAGGCACUCUUCAGCCACUUUAAGGAGCUCGAUGGGAACAGAGUCUCGAUCUUUGGACACAGUAUGGGAGGUCACGGAGCACUCACACUUUUCCUGAAGAACCCAGGAAAGUACAAGUCGGUCUCGGCGUUCGCGCCAAUCUCGAACCCAUCGAAGUGUCCAUGGGGCGAGAAGGCUUUUAGUGGGUACUUGGGUGACAGCGACAAGUCGAAGUGGGCGGAACAUGACGCGACUGAGCUCAUUGCAAAGUACCCGAACGACACAGACAUCUAUAUCGAUGUCGGCACUGGCGAUAACUUCUACAAGCAAGGCCAGUUACUGCCGGAGAACCUCGAGAAAGCAGCGAAGAGCGCAGGCAAGAAGGUGACUGUCAACUACCGAGACGGCUAUGACCACAGCUACUUCUUCAUCUCAACAUUCGCAAACGAUCAUGUGGAGCACGCCGCUAAGUACCUGCUUGCGUAGUGAGUGGAAUUUCCUCGAAAUCGCAGCUGCGUUUGAGCGCAGGCUGAUGGACUGCUUCCCACAGCGACAACCCAAGGAAACGGCAGAAAUUGUAGACGAGUGUAGAUGCAAGGAGCAUGGGUCGAUAGAUGAGCCUAAAUAGUCACGAUGUACGAAAACAAGAUGCACGAGUACUC